AUGGAGAAUUGUCUUCAAAUGGAGGUUGCAAAGGUUAGCAUGCUUAACGAUCUUAAUAUAUUCUCAAAUAACUAUUCGAUCAGAGUGAAGAUUGUUAGCAUGUCGAGGAAGAUGAUGAAUCAAAACAAAAAUGAAACAUAUCGCCUUGAUAUGAUCUUCAUGGAUGAGAUGGGAACUACGAUACAAGCCAGCUGUCUACAUAAGGUGCUAGAAAGAUUCAAGGACUUCCUUCAGCUGGAUCAAUGUCUUCUUAUCACCAAACCGUCUCUUGCUGCUAAUAAGUCCUCUGCUAAGUAUACCAACAGAAAUGACAAAAUAUCUCUGUAUUUCUAUACUUAUGUUGAGAAAUGCCUUGACUGGUCUGGACCGAAAUACCGUUUUAAUUUCGUUAACCUCAAGGAUGUUGUUCAAAAUAAAAUUGAAGUUAAUACAGUUAUUGAUUGGAUUGGUUAUGUGGAAGUAUGUUUCAAUCUAGAGGAUACAACAAAGAAGGAUGGGAGCAAGGGCAAGAUACUUAAUCUUAGAGUUGAAGACCUUGAAGGUCAAAAGUGUCUGGUUACUUUGUGGGAUGCUUUUGCUAUUGACAUGUUUGCUUACAUGAAUGAUAAGAAACGAGAGAAACAUGUUGUUAUCCUUUGUCAUUUUGGUAUGGUCAACCUUUACAAAGGCAAGCGUGGAGUUGCAAACGGGUUUGAGUUUAGCAGAUUUUUUAUUGACACUGACAUUGAAGAGAUAUCCUCUUUUAGGAAGAGAUAUAAGAAAAUUUCUGUUUCAUCUUCAUCAAAUGAGCAUGUUGGUUCUUAUGUUAUCUCAAGUAUUGAAGAUGAGUUCCUUAAUAACCCUGAUUUCAUGCUUAUUGGUUUCCUUGGAACCAUAUUAACGACAAAGAAGGUUUUGGUUCUCGGCACAAUCACAGCCAUAUGCACUGAUAAACUUUGGUAUUACAAUGGUUGUAACCACUGUAAGUCCAGUGUGGAGGAAAGAUUUGUAACGAAAGAGAAUGUGGAUGGUUCAUUUGAUGUUGAUCAUACAAAAGCUUUGGUUAUUAAUUCUGGAGAGAUACCGAACCCAUAUCCUGAGAUUUUUGACACAUUGAUUGGAAAGAAGUAUGCGUUCAUCAUAAAUGUUAAAGACUAUAACAUUGAGCAACAGGUUGAAAACUAUGGUAUUGUAAUGGCCACUAACGAUGAUGAGAUCCUUGCCACGCUCUACGCCAAAUUCAAUCUUAACCAGCAUGAGCAGUCCGAAUCGUUGGAUGUUCCAGAUUCCUGCAGUUUGUCUACUCUUGUUGAUCUUAUGAAGGCUGAAAUGUCAUGCAACGGUGACAAUGUUACACCUGCAUCCAAAGCACUCGUAGGCAAUAAGAAUCCCUCUUCUGACGAAACAAAACGUAAUAUUCGUGAAGUGUGCGACGUAGAUGAGGCAUUAGGUUGUUCCUCGACAAAGCGCCGCAUGAGUGAUGAACUGUAUCAGGAUGAAGAUGCUGGUGUUUCGAAGCUUUUGAUUCCGAAGAUUGAGAAAUAG